AUGAAUCAUCUCUUUUAUAAGAAUGUACUCAUCCAAAUAUUGUUAAAUUAUACAAGGUUAGAAUAAUUACUUAUAAAUUAUAAGGUUUUAGUUGCUUAUAAUUUUAUCUACCUAAUAAUGGAAAAACUGAAUGGAACUACAUUAGAUGUAAUAUUGAAAGAACAAACACUUGAUGAACUUUAAAUUAGGAACAUUAUGCUUUAAGUAUUAAAUGCCUUAGCUUUCUUACAUAGAAAAGGUAUUAUACAUAGAGAUCUAAAACCUGGUAUUUUCUUAUACUAAAAUUAGAGAAUAUAUUUAUUUCUAAUGGCAAUCAUGUCAAAUUAAUAGACUUAGGUCUAGGAUAUUAAAUUGUUUGUAGAGGAAUAAUAGGUUAACAAGUUGGAACUCCAUAUUAUAUUGCACCUGAACUCAUUAAAGGUUAUGAAUAAACGCAAGUAUUUUAUAUUAAUUACAUAAGGCAAUUGAUAUAUUUUCUCUUGGAAUAAUAUUCUAUCAAAUGUUAUGUAACAACCUACAUCCAAUUUGGACUGAGGGAUAAACUAAAAAAGACUAUUACAAGACUCUAUGUCAUGAAUUUCAUAUCAAAUAUCCUUCACAUCUCUCAGAGUAUAAAAAGAUUUAAUAAUAUUUAAAAGAAUGGCAUAAGAUUUUAUCAAAAAUACAAUUACUCAUAGUCCAAUUGAUAGAAUGACAGCUGAACAAUGUUUGGAACAUCCAUAUUUAUUAGGAGAAGAAAGAAAGUCACAUCCAAUUACAAAUAAAGAAAUUAUUUAAAGAUACAAAUUUAUCUAAAAGUUUUAACUAGUAUAUUUAUAUCAUUAAAUAUGUUCUUAGAUAGUAAAGGCAUUGCAAAUGACUAAAAUAUUCAAAUAACAAUGUUAUGAAGGAUAUUCUUAUCUAAAAUCUUAGAACUCUGAUGAAAUCAAUGAAAUUCUACUACAUGAUGAUGCUCCAAAAUCAUAAAGAAUCCAUACAGAAACACAUAUAAUAGUUCGACAUUAAAAAUCUUAUUAUAAACCUUAGAGUUUGAAGACAAUUCAUUUAACAAAAGUUACAUCUUCUUAAGAUCUAAAAUCUAUUAAAAAUAAAAUGUUAAAUUCUAAUCGAUGUUAUAGUAUAUAUAAAUAUAAUUAAUUCUAGAUUUGACUUCCAGAUAUAAAUCCUCUUUGGAUAUAUAAUUACCAAAAGUAAAUAGUUAAAAGAGAAUUAAUUUAUAAUUACCUUCAAUCUCUCCUUAUUAAACUAGAUAAUCUAGCUUUAUUUUUAGAUAGUCAUGA